AUGUCUCUCCAAACUUAUGUCCUUGAAGAUGAUCAAUGGGUAUCUCGUACGGUUUCUGCAGAUGAGCUCUUGAGAGAGAAUACCACUGCUCGUCGUAAGACGGGAAGACAAUCACUCUCAAAGCCACCCACCUACGGCUUGCUCACAAAAACGAUCAUCGAAAGUCCCAUAAUAAGAUGGGUACUGCCUGUGCAACUUCGAUCCGCUCGCUAUAAUGAUGUUGCGUUGAUAGGCGAUAAUUGUGUCCAGAUAUGCGAGCUUGGACCUGAUAGGCAGCUCAAAGAUGUCAUCAGAAAGAAAGACUUCGGGUCCCGAAUACGGAAUGCGGUAGUCAUGGGUUCACCUCAGUAUACUCGCAAAGCUAACGAAGGCAAUGAAGAUGGCACCCAUGUUAAGGUGGAGGACAGCGAUACUGAAAUGGCUGACAUGGGUGCCGCCAUUUCUGGAUUCCGGAGUAAAAACCCACGGCUCCCUCCUCAGCUACUGGUCCUUAUGCUUGAGCGGGGCGACUUGGUGUUUCUAUUUUUGCAGCAAGGUCCUGAUGGCCGUUGGGCCUUCGUUUCUUCGACUCACAGAGUGCCUGGAGAAAGACUCGUUUCUCCUGGGUGGCACAUGGCUAUUGACCCUUCCUCGAAUUUUCUGGUUAUCGGAUGUACGGAGAGCCUCUUCAUCGUCUACCAACUCGAGUCGAUGGAAAACCUACAACAUCAAUAUUUUAAAGGAAAUGCUUUGCAGCCAAUCAAAGACUGGGAAGCUCGACACGUCGUUGGUGUUAUACACAAGAUUGAGUUCCUCCACCCGAUCUAUGGGAACGAAAUACAGGUGAUCUUGAUGAUUAUCAUGGUCCAGCCUGAAGUUUCCAAGUUAACUGUGUACGAAUGGGACUGCACUGGCACGAAUGAUUGGAAGAAGAUAUUCCGCGAAGAAAAACCUGGUCACAGGCUUGACGACGAAUACAGAAUGCCGCUAUUGGUCGUGCCCCUUAAAGUCCGAAAUGCCUUCUUGAUCAUAACUGAGAGUAUCACGGCUACCUGUUCGGAUGUUUUAAGCGGACCGCCUACAUUUGUCAAGUUCGAACUAGCAAAUUGUGACAACACCCAACUACAUCACGGAAUGGGUGAUCCGCUGUGGACGGCAUGGACUAGACCCAUACGUCAUCCUCCAUAUCACUAUCGGAAAGAUGUCAUCUACCUGGCAAGAGAAGAUGGUCUCAUAAACUUCCUUGAAUGCGGCGAUGAAUCAGAAAUAGAGACAAGCGUCAGUAUGGGAUCCGUGGACUGCAACAUUGACACGGCCUUUGCAUCUCUCUUCCAUCUGUUUGGUGACAUUCUAGUUACUGGCGGAGACUCUGGUCCCGGAGCAGUUUGGAAUGUGCAAGCGAGACAAUCUCCACAGAGAAUUGGCUCAAUUCCGAAUUGGUCACCAACGGUUGAUUUUGCGGUGACAAUCGAGGGGACUCUCGAUGAGAGCAGUGAUGGCUCGAGCUCGGAUAUUGGGAAAAUGACCCUCUAUCAACCAGACAAAGUUUUUGCUUGUAGUGGCAGAGGCAUAACAGGGGCUAUUACGCAGUUUCGACACGGCAUCCAGGCGAGGAUCGGCUUGGAUCUUACGUAUUCGUCCUACGUCAAGCAGUGUUGGGCUAUAUCCAACUACGAUGGGGGUGUAGAAGAUUGCUUCUUUCUGCUCCUAGCACUCCCUAAUGGAUCUUCAGUUCUACAUCUAUCUCGAGAUCUCUCCGAGGCGUCUGAGAAAGACCAUGAUGCGACACCAUACGAUCUCACCUCGACAACACUAGCUGCGCAGGAUGCUGACGGUGUAGCCGUGCAAAUCACGACAAACUAUAUUACAGUUGUCAUGUCGCUAGGAUGUUCUCAGAAUUCGACAAGCGAGAUUCUACGAGACUACACUGCUGUCGUAGCAGAUGCGGCCAUCGAAGGUAAUAUGAUCGCUUUGGCAGUCUACUCUGGAUCGGAUUUCAAAAUCGCUUUGCUUAAAAUCGUCGAUCUCGAGGUUUCCUUCCAACGAGCCUUUGACGUUGAAGGCGAAGUCACUUGUCUUGCGAUAGGAAAGUUCGCAGGUGAUAUUGCCAUCCUUGCCGGUUUCUACCGAGACAAAGACCCAAUUAUAGCGAUAUAUCCUGCCGAAUCAGAGCAACAAGCUUCCGCAACACCCAUUACGAUAAGGUUGCUACCAAGUGCAAUAAGUCUGAGUCAUGAGUUGAUCACAGAUUCUACGGGUCCCUCUCCUUUUGGGGCCCUAACGAGUAUUGUAUAUCUUGGUGAACGAUCUAGCAAAGCUGUCGUUGUAGCGGGAACUAAAUUGGGGGAUGUACUUACAAUCGAACUGGAUCAAUCAAAGCCUGGAAGCUAUGGAAUAUACCGGGACAAAUUUAACGUAUCGCAAUCUCGAGUUUAUUCCGGCGCUGCAGCGGGAGACCCUAACUCGGUGUUGGUCUGUAGCGACACUGAACUCGCGAUGAUGUCGAGCUACGUAUCUCUCCGCGAGGGCCGAUUCGAGGAGAUAUAUCGCGUCUGGCCAACCGAUGGAGAUAGACCUAGCAUGGCUUCUCCUCCGAUCAAUUCUGUAGCGUCGCUACGUAAACAACUUCCUGAACUCGGGGAUUCGACUAUGGUGAUGAUUUCCGGCUCGCGAAUCAUGAUCACCGAGCUGCAACGCCAACCAAAACCUGUCCCUCGUUAUUUCCCUGUGUGGGGAACGCCAGUUAAGAUACUCUACUCUAAGAGGUUGGGGGCCCUUGUUACUGUCGUUUCGAAAGAUGGCUUACCUUCAUUGCAUUUUCUUGACCCCGAGACAGGCCAAGAUCUAUCACAACCCCUCGAGAGGAAGAAACCAGGCGAGGCUUAUACCUACCAUGACGUAGACUAUAUAACAGGCCUGGGGAACAUAGAAACAAGAGCCGUUUCUCUCGCAACUUGGACGUAUAGAGAUGGAAAUGUUCGUGGGGACUGGAUUGUUCUCGCCAUGCGGAGGAGAGAAAAUGAAGGCCUCCUCUUGAUAAUAUCAGCCGAACGUGACAAACCAACCGAGACUAAUGCGUUUCGACCGGUCCGAUUUUGGACCAAAUUUGAUCGGAAGAUAAAGGAUGGUCCUAUAUGGUCCAUCGCAACGGACGACUACGGUGUCUUUCUGUGCGUCGGAUAUACCAUUCAAUACCACCAAAUCGAAGGCGGCAGGUUUAAGGUGACGAGGUCGCACGAACUACCAUCCCCAGCCUCGUGGAUGGAAGUGGUAAAUGGGCAUCUGCACGCUCUUACUACACACCACUCUCUAGUAAUCCUUGACUAUAAGCGAGAGCUUCCCGUGGAAGGUGAAACGAUGGUUCAGCUGCACACAGAUGAAGUUUGUCGAAACAGCUUGCAUGCCAUUGAGCUAGGCACAUAUGCUGUCCCUAUAACUUUGUUGUCAGAUCCGAUGUGCGGUGUACAUGGGUUAUGGGCUCCUGACGAAGAAGAGAGACCAUUAAGCCUAGUAUUCCAAGCUGAGCUUCAAGCAUCAAUCAGGCGGUUUGCUCGAGGAUAUACCAGAGCUGCAUGGGGAUCGGUUAAGAACCGACCACGCUAUGGUUGCGUCAUAACCGGAUUACCUGGGUCGGAUAUCAUAGGUCUUACCAUUGAUGGAUCUCUUCAGCAUUUCUCGCUCUUGAAUGAGGAUGCCUGGAGAUUCCUCAGAUUCAUACAAAACCUGGCUAUGUCAUUCCCAGCAAUUCGCCCACAAACCCCGUUGAAAGACUCGUCUGGCUUAGCCCUCCUCGAGCCUGAUAUAGAACCCGAUAUAUAUCCGAAAUCAAACACCCAUGUUGACGGAGAUAUUCUGCGGAUAUGUCUUGAUAGACAUGCGUUAGAGGGGCUCGUUUUGAGCCCAAAAUAUCUGCAGCGGUUCCGAGAACUUCUUAAGCCUCUAGAUGAGGACGGGUAUCUCUCAUCUGAAGGGCUCAGCAGCGAUGAAUCGUACUUCGAAUUAGCUUAUAGUAUUCUCAAGUACUAUCUUUCGCCUGUACUUUCAUGA